AUGAUUGUCGUGGCACCAUUAGAGCCGCCGUUAAACGGUCCCGACGACGUCCAAUGGCCGGACCUAACGGACGGAGCGUCGAGCGUCAUCAAUCCUCGCCGCGAAUGCAUAUGCAGCGAUACGGGCCCCGCUAAGAAUCGAUUUGCGAACAGGAGAAUGGAGCUAAGGAUUUCGGACUGGGAAGUACUUGGAUCGCUAACAAGCGUACGGCAAAGUGCGCUGUUGAAACUGUUAGGGGUUACAAGAGCUCGGAGUCAAGAUUGUCGCAUA